UUGCUUUCAGCGGGCACCAUUCCCAACCACUAUGGCAACUGGAAACUACACAACUGUGACAGAGUUCAUUAUUUUGGGGUUAACAGAGGAUCCUAUAGUUUGUUUCAUUUUAUUUGUUGUGUUUUUAGGGGUUUACGUUGUCACUGUAAUGGGCAACAUCAGCAUUAUCACGUUAACCAGAAGCAGCCCUCAGCUCCAUACCCCAAUGUACCUUUUUCUCUGCCAUUUGGCCUUUGUAGACAUGGGGUACUCCUCAUCAGUCACUCCUGUCAUGCUCAUGGGCUUCUUAAGGGAGGAAACUUCUCUCCCUAUUGCUGGCUGUGUAGCUCAACUCUGUUCUGCUGUCAUAUUUGGGACAACUGAGUCCUUCCUGCUGGCUGCCAUGGCCUAUGAUCGCUAUGUGGCCAUCUGCUCACCCCUGCUCUACUCCACCCACAUGUCCCCCAGAAUCUGUAUGUUCUUACUGGGGACAUCCUACCUAGGUGGGUGUGUGAAUGGUUGGAUAUUUACUGGCUGUUUACUAAGCCUGUCCUUCUGUGGGCCAAAUAAAGUCAAUCACUUUUUUUGUGACUAUUCACCACUUUUAAAGCUUUCUUGUUCUCAUGAUUUUAAUUCUGACAUUAUUCCAGCCAUCUCUUCUGGCUCCGUCAUUGUGGUCACUGUGUUUGUCAUAGCCGUCUCCUAUAUCUACAUCCUCAUCACCAUCCUGAAGAUGCACUCCACUGAGGGCCGCCACAAGGCCUUCUCCACCUGCACCUCCCACCUCACUGCAGUCACUCUGUUCUUUGGGACUGUUACAUUCAUUUAUGUGAUGCCCAAGUCUAGCUACUCUACUGACCAGAACAAGGUGGUGUCUGUGUUCUACAUGGUGGUAAUCCCCAUGUUGAACCCCCUUAUUUACAGUCUGAGGAAUAAAGAUGUUAAAGAGGCCAUGAGAAAACUGAUGGCUAGAACACACUGGUGGUCCUGAGCAAAUCUGAGUUUACCACAAUCUGAUUUUAAUAAUAAACCAUGUAUAGUGAGGAUCUCUCCUGCAGAUGAAUAGAUGAUGUACUAAGUAAAUUUCAGUAUAUUUUCGUAGUAUUCUCGAGUCACAAAUUUCAUUGUGUCAUUUUCAAGAAACUUUUAGUGUAAAAAAAAAUACGGAUUCAUUAGGAUAGGAAUAUUUCGUAAGACUUACUUGCUUUAUACUUGCUCCAGUUACCAAUACCCACAUCUCUAAGUACAUAUAUUU